AUCAUAACUCGAUUUCGGUCUAAUCUCAAAAACGCAGAGUCAAGGACACAAAGACCUUGCUACUGCUAAUGGACGCGUACCAGCCACCGGCUCAGUCAAUGAGACCACCGCCUCCGACGGAUCCUUACCACCAGUACUAUCAGCAGCAGGCGAGGCCACCGGUUCCUCCUUCUACGCAGCCCGGCGGUCCUCCUCCUGCAUGGUACCCCAAUCAAUUUCAUAAUCCUCACUCACCAUCGCCACCACCUCCGCCGCAGUGGGGACCACCUUCGUCGCAUUAUCCUCAGGGCCAACCUUACCCUUCUUCCGCUUAUCCUCCUCACCAGCCGCCCUUCAACGCUGGUGCUAACGGUAACGGUCCUUUUCCUCCUCCUCCUCCGCCUGCCGGUUCGCAAAUUCCUCCGCCAUAUCCUCAGGCUAAUCAGGAAUGGGGAAAUCCAAAUUGGGGUUACCAACAAGGUCACAACUCUCAAGCUAAUAGCAACGUCGAGGACUGGGCAGUGAAAGCAAAAGAAUGGGCAGCUGCGACCAAGGAUCAGCAAUCGCAGUCUGCACCGAACCAACCUAGCGGACAACAAGUCUACCAGCAGCAGUACUCUACUCAUGGCUAUCAAGAUGUUCAUCAACAGGCAGUUCAAGGAGUAAGCUAUCAGCAGCAGUUUCCAGCUCCACCCACAACACAGCCGGAGGGAUAUCCAAACUAUUCAACGGCAAACGAGAGUUAUCCUGGAGGUUCUUAUGCAGGAUUUUCACAUCAAGAAAACUUGCCUACUAGUUCUGCAAUUCAUCAGCAGGAGGUACCUUAUAGUUAUUCUUCUGUAGCAGGUAAAGAAGAGUCUGGAAAUACAACACAACAUGAGGUACAGAUAUCAGUGCCUGAUGGAGGGGGACCUGUUCACGCAGGGCAUCAUAUGCAAUAUGCAUAUGGAGAUCAAACACCUGCUCAACCUAGUAACCUUAGUGAUCAGCCUGUACAGUUUGGUACCAGAGAGAGUUCCGAUUAUGCUAGUGUUCACAAUGCAUGGCAGCCCCAUGCCGCAACCGGAGUAGUCUAUUCCCCAAUCCCUUCAUCGGUGCCGUCAAUUCCUCAGCAUGACUCAUCUAUGACUAUACCUUCUGUUUCGGGUCAUACCAUGCCUCCAUAUGGAAGUUUUCCCCCACCAAAUCUCCAGCCUGUUGUACCCCCAUAUGCUUUUGGCACAAAGCCGCCUCUUCACCCUGUUGCGUUCAUGGAUGACUCAUAUGCAGCAUCAUCUGUUCCUCCUAAAAAGGCUCCUGUACCUAAUUGGCUUAAGGACGAAUUAUUGAAGAAAAAAGCAGAUCUUGGAAGGCCUUCUUCAGGGAGUCUUGAGGAGAGGGAAUCUAUGGAUGAUGAUUUACCUUAUAAACCUCCUGCGAAAGCUGAUCAGCGUGACGAAAAAAGCUUCAGCCCCUCUAAAUCCUCUGACGAAGAAGAGGAUGAUGAGGAUGAGAUGGAUGCAGAGAGAACUACAGCAAUCAAUAUGGAGAUAAAGCGUAUCUUGACUGAAGUCCUUCUUAAGGUUACAGAUGAAUUAUUUGAUGAAAUUGCAACCAAAGUCAUUAAUGAAGAUCAACCAGUAUCUAAAGAUGAUAGUGUACAGCACAAUAAGUCGUCAUCAUCCCUUCUCUCCACAGCUGAUUCACUCCACAAGGCGUCGGCAAAUAUUUUGGUCUCGGUAGAAGGCGCAAAUAAAAAAGCUAGUUCUGGCUCUCCAGCAGAUGUUCUAGGUCUUGCUAGCUAUGCCUCUGAUGAUGAUGAUGCUGAUACUGAUGCUGCUUCUAAUGCGGAUGCUGAUGAAAAUGAUGGAGUUGGAAGUCUUGGCGUGGUGUCAAUGUCAAGACACGAUGGUAGUCAGCAGCCAAGCACUGAGAAACUUCCUGAACCUGAAGAAAUGGCCAAUACGAAAUUGGAUCUAGAAGUUGAAGUCAAUGCUAAUUCCGGCAAGAACAGUAAGUCAGACUUGGAGGAUUAUUCUCAGAUGCUAGGCUCCAGAAGAAAAGAUGAUGAGGCUGGUAGUAUCAAAAUAUCAGACGUAAGCGCCAGCUCUGGACUUGAUGAUACUUCAGGAAGCAAAAAAAAGCAUCCUGACAGAACUGAUAGUGAUAAAGAUGCAAUAGUAGAUGAACCUCGCAGGAAGAAUUCUGGCUUGAAAUCAGAUUGCAACCUUCAUCAGGAUAAUAAUAAAACUUAUGGGAAAGAUUUGAGGGACGAUUUGAGUAAGGAUGGAAGUAGAACAGAUGAAACGAAUAGUGGGAAAGAGAAGGUAGAUUCUCAGAAUGGCUCAAAAGAUAGAAUGAAGCAGGGUGACAUAAAGUCAGCAGAGAAAGUUAAAUGUGUUGAACCAAGUAAAAAAUCUACUGAUACCCAUGUAAAGAAGGACUCAAGGGAGGUAGAGAGGCCUCACAGAACUAAUUCUAAGGAAGACCGGGGUAAAAAAAGGGAGAAGGAGAAGGAAGAAGAAAGGUCAAGACACAGGCGGGCUGGAGACUCGAGCAAGGACAAAAGAAGACGUUCUCCAACCAGUAAUGGAUCCUCUGAUGAUUCGACCAGGAAGUCCCGUUCUAGAAGAAGGAAUGUAUCACCAUCUCCUGUGAGGUCCAGAAGAAAACGCUCUUCUCCGUCCAGUGAUGAAUCCUCUGAUGAUACAAGAAGGAAGUCUUCUUCAAGAAGAAGGAAUCGGUCACCAUCUCCUGGAAAGUCCAGAAGAAGACAAGUUUCUUCGCGGUCACCACAUAGCAAGCAUUCUCAGCACAAGCCUACUCUCUACUCUUCUCAUAACAAAUCCAGGUCAAAGCGGUCAAGAUCAAGAUCAAGAUCCAGAUCCCCCCACAGGCGCCAUCGUGCUAAAUGAACACUCUAGCAAACUGGUCAGAGACCAUAUCCAAGACAAAGCUGUGCAGAGACUUGGGAUAAUGCACUGGACGAACAUCAAUAUAACCAAGAACUGCAAAGCCACCGGUUCGUGAGCAUUGUAAACCGCUCUUUCCUUGGUUCUUGAAAAAGAAAUAUCAAAAGAUUUUGACUGCUUUCUUGACUUGUUUUGAAUAUUGUUCGUUUUGUUAAGCGUUACUUUGUAAAAAAGUUUGUCAGGCAAAACUUGUUGAUGGCCUGUCUCUGAAACGUUGGAUGUGUCUCAAGGUUCUUAUUACAUCUCACAUUAUUAGGAAAUAAAUUUUAUAUCUUGAACUAAAUAAAGAUUAGAGUUUUGUU